UCCCCGCCAAGUCAGCGACGAAUGGCUACCUUUUGGUGACGGCGAAUGGGGGUCUGAACCAAAUGCGAGCUGCGAUCUGCGACAUGGUGGCAGUGGCUCGCAUCAUGAACGCCACACUUGUGGUGCCGGAGCUGGACCACACCUCCUUCUGGUCCGACCCCAGCGAGUUCGAGGACAUAUUCGACCUGGAGCACUUUGUUGAGACGCUCAAGGACGACAUCCGCGUGGUCAGGGAGCUGCCCCGCAGAGUGGCCCACCGCCGCGUGCUCGAAAAGUUCCCCAUCUCCUGGUCGCCGUUCUCCUACUACCGAGAGGACCUGCUUCUGCGUCUGAAGAAGCACCGGGUGAUGCGCUUCCCCCUGACGGACUCGCGGCUGGCCAACAACGGCAUGCCCGAGUCCAUCCAGCGGCUGCGCUGCCGAGCCAACUACCGCGCCCUGCGCUACACCAACACCAUCUCGGGCGUUGCCGGCAACCUGAUCGCCCGCUUGAGGAAGCUCGGCCCCUACAUCGCGCUGCACUUGAGGUACGAGAAGGACAUGUUGGCAUUCACAGGGUGCGACCACGGGUUGAGCCGGUGGGAGAGUGGGGAGCUGAGGGAGAUGCGGCUGAACAACUCACGGUGGAAGGAGAAGGACAUCGACGGGGAGGCAAGGCGCAAGGAGGGCGCGUGCCCCCUCACGCCCAAGGAGACCGCACUGUUUCUGCACGCCAUGGGGUUUCCUAAGAAGACGUUGAUAUACAUUGCUGCUGGGGACAUCUACGGCUCUAAAGGCCUCACGGAGCUGAAGCGGUACUACCCCAACACGUUCACGCACUCCACUCUCGCCACUCCGUUCCCUUCCCUGCGUUUUCUUGCCAUUCUUUUCAAUCCCUCCAGCGCCUUCUCUAUCUUCUUGUCCUUCUCCUCAACCCCUCGCCAGGAGCUGAAGCGGUACUACCCCAACACGUUCACGCACUCCACUCUCGCCACCCCAGAGGAGCUGGCAGCGCUGGGAGGGUAUCAGAACAGGCUGGCAGCAGUGGACUACACAGUGGCCGUGGAGAGUGACGUGUUUGCAUACACGUAUGAAGGCAACAUGGCGAGAGCUGUGCAGGGGCACCGGCGGUUCGAAGGGCACAGGAAGACGAUCAUUCCUGACAGGGAGGCGGUGGUGAGGUUGCUAGAUCAGUUCAAGGCGGGCGAGAUGAGCUGGAACGCGGUGCGCAAGGAAAUCCGGAAGCACCACAAAGGGCGCGUGGGGGGGCCUCACCAGCGGGAGGCUGGGGAGAAUCCGAAGCUGGAGGAGAACUUCUAUGCGAACCCCAUGCCGGGGUGCAUGUGCGAGGUGGAGAGGCAACCAGGGAAGGCGGUGAAGGCAUGUCGAAUGGAGGGCGGGCAGAGGAAGUGCAGGGAGGUGCCCCAGGAGGAGGAGGCGUACAUCUAA